AAUAUAUAGAUUAGAAUUGAUCAUAUAUUAUUUUAAUAUUCUUUAGGAACAAAAUAUCUUUAAGUUAUUAUUCCAAGUGUAAAGCUAAAAGUAUGCUUGUAGUUCAAAUCUUAGUUUAUUUUUAAACUUUCCAAAGGAAAUUUUUUUUUUUUUGGUGAUAGAUGUGUUACUAAAACUUCAAAAAAUAUUGCCAUUAUUCAUUAUGUAAUCAAUGGGGAUUUUCUAAACAGCUCAGAGUCAUUCGUUUUAUAAUGGGAAAGCACAAACAAAAAUAAUUUAAAUUUUAGGUGUACUGUUUAUUAUUAUGUCCUUGACUGCCCUCAUAUAUUAUAAAGAUGUUAGAAUUUUAGUCUUAGAGGACAUAAAUGGCAUGAAGCUGAAGAAAAUAUUACCCAGAACUAUUGCAGAGAUGGGAAAGACCCACCACAUUUGGAAAAGUUGUGGAUAAACGAAUCAAUAGGUUAUGGUGCUUUUGUAACAAGAUGCAUAAGAAAAGGAGAGUUUUUAUGUGAAUAUGCAGGGGACCUUAUCAGUGACCAUGAUGCAGAACUCCGAGAAAUAAAUUACGCUCAGGAAAAAUGUGGCAACUUCAUUUUUUACUUACAUAAGAAAGAUCAAUGUUUUCUUUGCUGCAUGUUAAGUAUAUAAGCUUAUAACAUUUCACAACCCAGUAAUCGGAGAUUACAAACCGAAGAAGAGACUAAAGUCAGUGGUUUAUUUUCACAUUUUUCGAUGAAAAGGAGAAAGAAGUAGCUGACGUGGUUUCUGAAACUAUAAAUCAUGUAUUGAAGGAUGUAUGUGGCACGGAAAAUCCAACGACUUCAAAAAACAGACGCGUUGCAUUAAAGUAAAAAAGUGUUGAAGUGAAGGUCCCGGUCAAAUCCUUAAUGAAGACUCUCUAAAUAACAGACACCAUUUGUUAAACAUUCUCGUUAGUGGAUAGUUUACCGUUUUACAUUGUUACCUUAGUUCUGUCAAACAGGGAGAAAAGCAAAUGCGUUUUUUUUUCUCCCUCCACUAAGCUUAAUUGACCAGUAGUUCUUGGGUAAGAAGUACGUUUCUUGUCGAAUGGAAGCUGAAAAUAAGAAUCGUCAAAGAAGUGGACAUCUCGAUUGACAGACAAAAUGAUGGCAGAGAAGGUGUCCGCUAGUUAGAGUCGACUGUAUUUUAAAUUACCGAAGUAAUUAAGUACCCCAAUCACUUGGAAAUAAUCAAUGUGAUCACUGUUCUCAGCCCCUUGACUUUAAGGACUAUAUAGCUGUCGAGCCCGCUAUUGAAAACCAAUUAGAUGACGAUGUCAAUGAUUUAGAUUUCAAACCCGGUAAGAUUUCAGUGACGAUGAGUUUGAUACAGAGGUAGCUGCUGAUGUAAAACUGGAAGAAGCCAUAAAAAAGAUAACUGAACUUUGUGCUGGUAUAAAAGGCGAGAAUGAGGAGGUUGAAUUUUUACCAGUGAACGAAGUAUCAAUAAUAAAUGAUACUGGAAUUGCUUUAGGAGAUAGUGUGGGUGAAGUUUUUGAUACGGAUGAAAGCGACAUGGAUGACGGUACCGUUUCAGAGCAAAACGCCGAAACGAAAGAAGGAUUUGGGAAUAGUAAUCCUACUAAUGAUGUACGGAAAGGAAAGAAAAAAAGAAAAAGUUAAAAAAAGAUCUACAGGCCUUGCUUUUUUGUGUAGAUGGGACGUUACAAAAAAUAAAAAUUAAACAUAGAGAAGAACCUGCUGAAAAAAAAGCAAACUUGCUUCCCCGAAGAGAAAGACUAAAAGCGUUUGAUAAUAUGCGCAAAGAGGGGAUAUUUAAGUAUAACAGAAAACAAAUGAAAAACGAAAAAAACAACAUAUAUGAGAGAGAGGAAGGGAGAUGUUGAGUUUGUGAUUUGUAUAUAAUGUAAGGGUGGUUACAGUAAAGCCUACAAAGCAAGGCACCAAAUUCAAUGUGGUAAAACCAGUGGGCAAGUGAUGAUUCCCGCCAUCGCUGCAAUAUCUAUGGUGGCAACGGACUUGGGCGAUGACUUUAAGACCGUUAUAAACAAAAUGAUUCUCGACGAAGUAUCUAAUAUGGCAAAAAGGGAUUCUAUCAUAUUGAUUAUCGGCGCCCGUAUUUUCAACGGACAGAAGUGCAAAACAGAGAAAAAACAAGAAACCGAAAAACGCGUUCGAUUAUCCAUGCGUUUGCUCAGUAGAUUGUAUCUAAAGUUUAAGGAGUCGUUUGCUGAUGCCAAAAAAUGUUUUGAUAUGUUUUGACAAACGAAAUUUAAGUCAUUUAAGAUACUCAAUCGACGAACGUUGUAAUGGACAAGAUGGUUUAAAAUGUGGACUCAAAGUUUAAAUACAGAAUCUUAUAAAACAAGCCGCUAAAAUAUUGGAAGCGCACUAUCUUGUGGAAGGAAAAAAAGUAGUAGUAGGGAGUGAAUAUAACCAGUUUUUUAUUCCUCCUACACCUUUACCCCCAAAAACCCCGCUUACACCAUUUCCACCACCACCUCCACCCAAAAACAAGUAAAAAACGAAAUCAUAUGACGUCAUCAACGCAUAUGUGAAAUCAUAAUAAUACAGAAUAUGAGUUAAGGGAAAUUCCCAAAUUAUUCAAUCCUUGACCAAACAAAAUUUUCUGUUUAAAAAGAAAAUCUGUAUAUAAUAAAGCAUGAGUUGGUUCAAAAAUGCAAUAAGUAAACUAUAAUACCGUGUCGGCACCAGUAGCGGCAACUCGUGAAGCUCUCGCUAAGCAACUAAGGAGCCAGGGAUCAAUUUUCAGGAACACUAACUUUUCACGAUGAGAUCCAACGGGUAACCAUCGAAGAUGAAUAUCAAGGAAUUGAGGACUUCAAACACAUGUUCAAGAAAGAAUCGAAGCCGGCCACGAACUCAGAGGUAAUCGAGGAUAUUCAGAACAUUUUUGAUGAUGACGCGGAAAUGAUAAGAGGGGAACCGCAUCAAGACAUGGCGGUUCAACAAAAACCUUAAACAGCCAGUGACAGAUACCAUUAUGCGAAAAAUAACAUCACACGUGGAUAUGCGCGUGAAGGUAAUAUACAGCUUUAGCUGUGAGAUUUACAGAGGCGGUGGCGAUGUGGCCAAUUACCACAAGACAAAGAGCUCAAAGUCAAUGUCAAGCAUGGCUGAAAUCGAGGCUUUUAUGGAUGAAUGCGAGAUGAAGCGCCUGGAUCUGGAAGAUGCCGAAUUUUGGACGAAAGCCUACUUGCCACCCGACAGAACCAUCGAGACACCAGGAGCAUAUUAAGGCAAAAUAAUAUUCAAGCACGUUCAGAUCAAAAUAAUUUCUACGAGGGAACCACUACUUGGAUGUGGACCCCUACCUGAUUGGUUGCGCGGAAAAAGAUGUAUCUAUGCCAUGGACGGUGAAGAUGCUAGAACGGACAAUCUAUGCUUUUGGAGAUGCUUAGCUGUAAGGGAGAGAGCGGAUGUAAAAAGAGGGACAGAGUUCCUCACAAAAACGGCCCUAAAAUUAGCUCGUGAAUACUAUGACGAACCGAAAUUAAAGAGGGAAGAGGUACGUGCCACAAGGCUAGUGGAUUUAGAGGGUAUUGCUAAACGAUUCAAGAUUAACAUAAGGGUAUUUGAACCAAAAGAUAACAACAAUAAGGCUCCAUGGCGUCUCGUCUAUGGCCAAAAUCAAUACAAAAAAGACUUAGACACGAUCAAUAUUGGUAUGCUGCAGGGUCAUUGUUUUUAUAUCAAGAAGAUGGAUGUAUUGACGCAGCAUUGGGAAUGCGAGGUUUGUACACAAAGAUUUACCAGAUCCGAAAAUCUCACACGACAUAAACAGAAUGAAUGCGAAGGUAUCAGGACCAAGAUCAUUUGCAAAGGCGAUAGGGUUGAGCGCAUGCAGAGUAGCUCUGAAAAGGUAUUUUAUCCCGAUAAGGGUUUCAGUUACGCGGCAUGCCAAUGGAUGGAAGCCAUGUCAAAGCAAACAGGUAGGCAUAUACAUCAUGCUCUUCGUGGCAUGGGGGAGAACGUGUUAUACGUGAGGGUAGUAAGGCUGUAUACAAGAUCGAUGGGUCUGAUCCUCAGACAAAAACAGUAUACGAAUACCACAGCUGCAAAUGGCAUGGAUGCCCAUGUCAGCCUAAUAGAACCAACGUGGAUAAAAAUAAUUUUAAUUUCACCAAGUUUAAAGAGGAUCACAUUCGGAAACUCGGCUACAAUCUUGUCACUGCAUGGGAGUGUGAAAAUCCUCCCAAGGUUAAGAGGGUAUUCAAGAAAACAUUUCGACCAUAUCCCCACUUCAUUGUCUUUGAUUUCGAGGCUCUCCUUGCACCAUUGAACCAGCAGCAAACGUCCUAUCUAACAUAUAUAUCAGAGCAUAUACCCGUCAGCGUAGCCAUCCACGAUAGCCUACAAGAACAUCCUACCUUCAUCAUGAAUGAAGACCCAAAGGUGCUUGUGCAAAAAUUCUUCGAGCAAAUAGAGCAGAGACAGGUCCGGAUUGUUAAAGAAGUUGAAAAGAUGUACCCCAAGCCGAAUGAUUUCGAUAUGCUCCCGGAACAAACCCAAAAUGCUUGGCACGAAUGGGUUAACCAAGUGACGGUGAUCGGUUUCAAUAGCGGCAAGUACGAUAUCAACAUUAUAAAACUGUAUUUUGUCGAACGAAUUGCGGAUGACCCCAAUAUCAAAGUGGGGAAAAAAGAUAAUGAUUAUAUGUUUCUAACCACAUCAAAAUUCAAUUUCAUCGAUAUAAAAAAUUUCCUCGCCCCGGUCCUUAGUUAUGAAAAAUAAUGCAAGUUAUUGGAUUGCAAUCUCAAAAAAUUAGUGUUCCCAUACGAGUGGCUAACAUGCAACGAAAAGUUGAACCAUGUAGGCCCAGACGAUCAUGAGGCGUUUUAUAGCACACUCAGUGGUAGAAAUACUCUAUCACCCGAAGAUUACCAGACGUUCAGGGAUGAGUUUUUUAAAAGAGAAUGCGCCACGAUGCUUGAUUGGUUAGCCGAAUACAAUAUGGCGGACGUAAUACCAUUUAUCCAGGCCGUCGACAAAACACGCAAUACAUACCACGAGGAUGAGAUUGAUAUUUUGAAAGAUGCUGUUACCAUCCCGGGUGUUUCGAUGCGGUAUGUACUGAAUAAAUCCUUGCGGUUGAACCCAGAUAUAAAGCUUUAUUCCCCGGGUGAUCACUGUAAGCAUAAAUGUGAGGCUCGUUACACCAAAGCCCGAUUCGAGCAUUGUAGACAGGUUUAAAACGCUUGUACAAUAUGUACAAAGAACGAGGCCUAUGAACUCCUCCAAAC